UCAAUAAUACAAAUUACAAAUUAAAGUCAAGUGUCCAGUUUUAAUCGCCUAAACCACUGGGGGAAACGCACACCGUAGUAAAAUCGACCAAACAUUGCUUGGUGGCAUUGGGUCUUAAUUUCCGUCAGUUUCCAAUUUCCCCGUCAAAUACUGAUUAUUAUGGAUAAACGGUCGACUAGCGAAAGCUUUGAUGGUCAGACGAAUCUAUCGCAAAUGAGCGGAUUGUCCAGCUUGAGCUAUUUGAAAACAGCAAAGCGCAACAUCAUGCAAGAGCCUCAACGAGAAGCCGCCAAAUUACGCGAUUUUGUAGCUGCAACUACAGCUGCAGAAAUAACAUCCAGCAGAGAGGAGGACCUGAAGCGACCAUGCAAGCGGGUGGUUUUCCGCAAUAAAUACGAGCGCGACUCUCCAGAGAUCAGAAAAUGGUGGUACAACAUGUUCAAGACUUUGGAAGACGAUGCCAAUAUUCCGCCGGAAGAACAACGAGAUAUCUUGGAGAGCAUGUUCGACCACACGUUUGUAGUGAAAAUGAUGAAGAUCUGCGGCAGUAGGAGCCGGCAAUUCAAGGAAGAGUUGGAAAAGAGGCCCGAUGAAGAAAUAGCCGAAAUGCUGAAAUCCAUAAAAAUUCGGGACAAGCACGGGGAUGACAGUGAAACAGCCACUAACAAGAGAAUUGAAACUAAUGAGAGCGUGAUUGAUGCCAAAGAACUGCAAGCAGUGCAGGUCGACUUGGGCCUACCAGACGGGGAAUUACCGGAAAACCCCUUGGUGAAUAGAGCUAUUCCCAAAUCCCAAAUGUACACCAACUUCUUCAAGCGACAGCCAUCCAGAGCGGCUGUUUGGCGCACUUUGCCGCCUCUAUCCAUGGAAGAAAUGAACCUGAACCAGAAAGCCGAUGCUGUUACCGAAAAGAUAGCCGCAGACUUUAUCAACUGGCUCAAAGAUCUUGGAGGCGACGAAGAACUCUCAUUGAGUGUCCAAUCGGUGAUUGAGAUGUUCGAGAUCGGGUUCCAUGCCAAUACAGCCACUUCACUUAAAGUGAAUGUACGCGAAAUGCCUUCGGUACCGAAAAGAGUGGCUGAAACACGACAUUUACCAAAAAAAGCGAAACGAGCAGUUUUGCGCGCCGAAAUUGCCAAAGAUGUAAAAGCAAGCAAGAAAAGAACUACAUACACGGCGUUUGGGAGGCAUUUGCCGCACGACAUGCAAGUAAGGCCUCCUGCUGAAAAUUACUACAGAAAAUGGAUCACUUGCGACCGAGUGCCGGAAAAAUUAGCCAGCAUGGCAGCAGUUUGGCAAGGAAUCACCCAUUUGAAAUCUACCAGGGCUUUUUGUGAAUUCCUCAUCGAAAGGCCGGAAAUUACGCCGCCCAAGUAUUUGCACGAUUGCGGUAUGAUGAACUUAAAAACUCUCAAAGAAAGGGACAAAGAUAUUCAAACGGAUAUGGAUAGUGCCGCGCAAGGAUUUGACAAUGGUUUCCAAUGAGAUUUGCUACGAAAAAGGAAUCGAAAUCGAAAGCGUUAACAUUCUUAACAACGGAACACUUUAAUAAAGCAAACAAUUAAACGGA